AUGACAUGGGCAAUUGGAGAAGCAGCAUACGAGCGAAAAGUAAUCCUGAGUUUCCAUGUAAUCUCGUGUAAGAGCGUCUUCCGAGAUAUCCUUGAGAGGUCCUUCUUAGAGAGACUAAACAUUGUAGCAUCCUCGGUCCACCUGAAAGGAACCUAUCAUGAUAGAGAAGGAAUGUCAGGAAUUUUUGGUGCCGACUUGAAAGAGGCAAAUCGGAUCCAAAAGCUCGUCCAAAGGGAAGUUCUCACAAUAGUGUCAGGGGCAAGAGGAAAUUCUGGGUAUACCAACACGUUCGAUAUGGACACGUGCGAGGAUGAAGUUAGGCCUACCCCAAAUGAUAUGGUGCACCCCAAUGUUUUCCCCAAACAAGUUGUGUCUUUGAAUGUCAAAGGUGUUGUUGUGAAGGCGGUAGAUGUUGACAACCAAUUUAAAAAUGAGCAAGAGUUUGAAUUUUGUGAUCACAUGCUUCAAUUGAUUCGUACAGAGGCCUCCAACAUGGGAUUUGAAGUGGUUAUCGAAAAGUCCAAUAAUGGUUCGGAUAGAAGAUGUGCUUUUGUGACAAUGACAGUUAAUGUCAUAUCUGAUUUACAUAACCAUGACUUGUGUGAAAAACUAGUCGACCAUCCAAUUGUGUUUCACCUCAUGGCGGAAGAGAAGGAAUGUGUUACUGACAUGAUAUUAAAUUUGGUUCAACCGAAAAAUAUACCUGUAACUUUGAAACGUAAAAGACCCAAAAAUGUAUCAAAUAUCAAGCAAGUGUACAAUAUUCGGUACCAAACUAACAAGGCGUUAAGGAGGAAUAGAACUGAAAUGCAAUCACUCUUGAAAUUGUUGGAUGAUAACAGUUAUGUGUCUAGGUACCGAAUGUGA